GCAGGGGCGGGGCUGGGUCGCGCGGGGGCGGCCAUGCGGGUGCGCGUGCGGAGCUGGCACGGGGUCGCGUCCUGGCUCUGGGUGGCGAACGACGAGAACUGCGGCAUCUGCCGGAUGGCGUUCAACGGUUGCUGCCCCGACUGUAAAGUGCCCGGCGACGACUGCCCGUUGGUGUGGGGACAGUGCUCGCACUGCUUCCACAUGCACUGCAUCCUGAAGUGGCUGAACUCGCAGCAGGUGCAGCAGCACUGCCCCAUGUGCCGCCAGGAGUGGAAGUUCCGCGAGUGACGGCGGCACCGGGCACGAGGGGAACGGGGGGCCCCGGCCC